GUAAAAGCUGACAGGAAAGUUGGCGGCGGGUUACGGCAGCGGCGGCCGCGCUUGGCGGCCGCUGGAUGAGCGGCGAGUGGGAGCCGCGGCGCUGAGGAGACGCGGGGGAUAUGGCCGAGGUACCGCCGGGGCCUAGCAGCGUCCUCUCCCCGCAGGGGGACACGCUCUCCCCCUUCCUCGGAGGAGGAGGAGGAGGAGGGGGAGCUGCUUCCUCCUCCUCUUCCACCUCCUCUGCUGCCGCCGCCGCCGCCUCCUGCACCGGGGCCCAGGAUGAGGAGGCCGAAGAGGAGGAGGAAGAGGAGGGACCCGCGGGCGGACGGGAUCAGCAGCAGCGAGGAGGAGGAGGAGGAGGAGGCAGCGACGGCGGCAAGGGGGGGGCACAGCAGCAGCACCGCCUCCACCACCACCACCACCAUCCCCCGCACCACAACCACCAGCUCAACGGCCUCAUCAGCCCCGAGCUGCGGCACCUGCGGGCCUCCCUCAAGAGCAAAAUCCUCAGCUCGGAGGCAGGGGCAGCCCCCGAGGGGUUGGAGAACAAGCGAGCCAGUAAAACAAUGGGCUCCGGACAGCAGCAGCAACAACAACAACAACAACAGCAGUCGUCGCCCCCGACCACAACACCGUGCUCAUCCCCCCUUACCAACCACCUCCCUCCCCAGGGAAGGACUGCACCCUCUCCUCCUCCUUCUCCCCCAGCAGCAGGAGCAGCAGCAGCAGCAACAGGGGACAGCAGCCUGCUUGCUGCCACAACUUCAACUGCUGCUAAGACUGCAGCCGGCAAUGGACUGGCAGGAGGGACUGGCUUGGAGGAGGAAGAGCAGGAGGAGGGGGAUGAAGGAGGGGAGGAGGAGGAGGAGUCUCUGCUGCUACUCUCCGGGUCCUUAGCAGCAGCUUGCAGUUUGAAAGGCUCGGGAACGGACUCUCAGCCCGAGGAGGACCUAACGAUACGAUACGUCCGAUAUGAGUCAGAGCUGCAGAUGCCCGAUAUCAUGAGACUGAUCACCAAAGAUCUGUCUGAACCCUACUCCAUUUACACAUAUAGGUAUUUUAUCCACAACUGGCCACAACUUUGCUUUUUGGCCAUGGUAGGUGAGGAGUGUGUAGGUGCCAUCGUCUGCAAGCUGGAUAUGCACAAAAAGAUGUUCCGCAGAGGUUAUAUAGCCAUGUUAGCAGUGGAUUCCAAAUACAGAAGAAAAGGAAUUGGUACAAACUUGGUUAAGAAAGCUAUUUAUGCUAUGGUUGAAGGAGAUUGUGAUGAGGUUGUCUUGGAAACAGAAAUCACAAAUAAGUCUGCUUUGAAACUUUAUGAAAACCUUGGGUUUGUGCGAGACAAGAGGCUGUUCAGAUACUAUUUAAACGGAGUCGAUGCACUGCGUCUUAAACUGUGGCUGCGUUAAGAGAAACCAUCACCCCAAGCAACUGACAUCCCAACCAAGGCAGAGUUGUCCUUUUGCAUGCAAUGCAAUUUGUCCAAAAUUGCUUUGCAGGUGGACUCGAGUAAUUCCCAUGCAGCUCUUUCUGUCAGUGUCCCAUUGCGUGUCGCACACAUUCGUUGCACUUUGGCAUGGCGCAUUUGUUCAGAAUUAAAACCAAUCCUUCCAAACUUGGAGUUCUUUUUGGUACCAAGCAAGAUGUGCCAGUUGAUAGCCAAGAAAUGUUCAUGUCUGACAUCCACAGUGAACGUUCUAGCAAAGAACCUGUACGUGGAACGUGACUUUUGGUUCCCAAGGGAAAAAAAAAAAAACCCACAAACAAACAAACAAAAGAAAAGCCAACGUAGAUUGUAAAAUUCUAUAAGUAUACUAACAUUUCAUACAAAAAAAAAAUAAUUGCCAUAGUUUUCUGGAAAAAGGCUUCAAUUUUAGGUUUUAUUUUUCAAUAUUGAAUUUUCCAUUCUUAAAUAUUGGUACCUCAGUGAUUAGUGAAUGAAAAAAUGUAUUGUAGGGUGGGGUGUGUGUUACAAUGAGUAACAGUAACAAUUAAAUUGCGUCUGCCAGUGCCUGUAUAGAUAAGUAUAUUUGUCUUCACCUCUGAGUUUGGAGUGCAUGCUUUUAUUCUUUUUACUUUCUUCAGUCGUCUUUGCAAGAAAAUUUCUGCUUUUUAUUUAAAUUCUGGAUUUGAUAAUAAAUUAUUUCAGAUUUUCAUCAUUUGGAUACUUCUCCCAAACGAGGGCUCGGAAGGCCCUUCUUAUAGCAAGAAGUGUAAGCUAUUUUGAAAACCUUGAGUAGCUGCUAAAAGAGAACCUGAUGUCACCAGUAAAUCUCUGCUGGUUUUGGAUGCACUUUUUCAUUAAAAGAGUGAGGGACUUUUAAAAGAAGAUAUAGAAAAUUAAUGUAAAUUGGUAUGAUUUUAUUUAAUCAAAAUUAUUGCUAGAAGCUCUGAAAAACAGCUAUUUUAAGAUAGUUGGAACAAUUUUUUUUUCUUUUUUUUCAGAUUCAGAUUGCUUUGCUUCAGUGGUCUAAAAUGCAUCAAUCUUUGGUUCUUGGUCUUGGAAAUAAAUUUCAAGGUGUAUUGUAUCCAUUUUUAGCUGCUCUCAUUUUCUCUAAACUUACAUGAGGGGGAAUUUUUUCCCCUCUAAAAAUCAAAGCAGCGGGGAAGGACUUCUCUCUCUCUUCUUUUCUCUUUCUCACAUUUGCUCUGUUUUUCUUUUUUCUUUUUUUUUUUUUCCCCUUUCUUUAAUUGGUCUCACAUAGGUUUUAUCAAUACCCAUCAGUUUUUCCAGGAAUCACAGUGUCUAGGCUUUCUCGCUCAGUGUGAUGAUACAGCCCAGUUCUCUGAAUCAGUCAGCUUUUUUUUCACUUUGACAACAACAACAAAAAAGGUAUUAUUUGACUUGUGGAAGCACCUACUUUAUCUGUGAAAAGGACAAACUCAGUGAAUCUGCUCUCCUGUAGCUGAGUGAACUGUUCGGAUUUGCCUUACUACACUUUUUUUUUUAGGGUUUGAUUUGAGUCAUGGGUCUAUUCUUUUUCUUUUUUUUUUGCUAAUUACUGUACAUUUAAAAACAAAACCAACAAACCCCCUACCUCCAGUAACAUUUGGAAAAGAGCCCUGUGCAGGAAAACUGGAUUUAAAGGAAAGCCUUAUUUUGCACAGACCAUUCGCACAUGGUGAUGGGCAUUUCUUACCAUGUACCAAUUAUGAGUUGUAUUUGAAAAAUAAAGAUUUUUAAUGGAUAUUGGCCCUUCUGAGUUUUCUGCUUACAGUCACCAUUUGUGCUUUUGAGGGGGUUUGUUCCCCUCAGUAAAAGAAAACUCACAUUAAAAUCGUGCCCGAGUCUGUCGGGCGCGUUGGAGUUCAGCGUAAAUCCUGGGUGUUGCUACUACUGCCUUGUGACAUGCCUGAACCUUUUCUUCAUAUUACCCUCAUCCCUCUGGUUUGCCAGUUUUUCUGGGCAGCUUUUCAGGAGUUUUCCUUUCAAAUUAAGGCUUAAUGUUGGUAAAAUCAAUCGAAACAGACUUUCCUCACCCAUGUUCCCCUGGUCCAGGAUGCAGUGACUGCUCUGGCUUGCUCAGACUAAGGAGGCAGAUCAGGGAGUUUUGGUACCUUGUAAACAGCUGUCAGACUUGAAUCACAAACCAGGCUGCCCUCUGUGUCUGCUGAUGUUUAAAAACUGCAAAGCCAGACAGGCAAGUUUUUUAUUGGUUAAUAUUUAAGCUGUGGGUGUCUUCAGUUUCAAAAGCCGACCUAGAAGUUAGCAGAGAUCACAAAGGCACUGCCAAAAAAACAUCACUUCUGAGCAAACUUCAAAUACAAUUCUCUUUGUUUGUUGUAAGAAGUCAUUGUGGCCGUGCACAUUUUGGAAAUACUGUGCAAAAAAGGGGUGCAAGGUUCUUUUGAGAAGAGCACAUUGCCAGAAAGGUUCUGAUAUUGCUGCUGUGUAACACACAGGUCACUACAGAAGAUGCUGAAGCUGUAUGCAUUGGUUUGUAUUAAAGGAAACAGAUUUUGUUCUCUGUGUUGCUUGGGAUUUGAAUAUCAAGUGGGAAGUUCUGAAUUUGCAAAGAGAACAGGUUUUCAAAAGAAAUCUAGCAAUGAAACGUUGGUUAUUUCUCAUGCCUGUUGCUGAAAUGCAGUCCUCUCCCCCCUUACCUUUUUGCAUUGACAAAUCUAACUAAAGGAAUUGUUCACUUUUUUUUUUUUUAUGUUUAAAUUUGCCCAAAUGUUGCUAUUGGCUGACAUGUUGGUAUGGAUGUUUGCAUUAUCUUGUUUUGUUUUGUUUUUUUUUCAAGAAGUGAUCAGGUUUAUCACCUUCCAGAAGAGCAGGCAGACUCCAGUUGGUGUUGCAUAGUACAUCAGAAACUAUUUUUCAGGGCACUGCUAAAACUGAGUGCUGUUGUUAAAAGAAAUUCAGGUCUUGUAUGAACAUUUGCAACCAUUAUUGGAGGUCAGGUAUCAGGUGGACAUCUAUGAAAAUAUCAAGUGUAUCUCAAAAUACUGGACUGCUGUUUUAAGUGGAUUAUUUUCUUCUGUCCCUUCCUCCUUUUCGAUGAGAACAAAAACAGUGGGGUUAUGAAAUGUACAAGCUGUCUAAAUACAAUGCAGUCAAAUAAAUGGUUAAGUUGUUUAUCUA